CCUCAUGGGAGAAAAGUCUCUGGCACCCCAGUUUUGCAAAAAUUAUUUUGAAUGGCAGGUUAAAGUUAGCUCUGAGAUGACUUUCAAGAUCUAUGCUGAGGGAAACAGCAUUUGAUUUGCAAACUUCUUGGGAAUUUUCUUUAGCUAGAGACUCUUCUUCCCAAGGAUUUAAAGCAAGAUGGAAACUUUAGCUUCUGAAUCAAAACAACUCCCCAGAGUUAAAAGCUAGCUGUAUUUGCAUAAUGAUUUAGCAGAUCCAAACAGCAUGGCAAGGUCAGAUAAAAUUGCCAAGGUCAUGGUUCUCUGGAAGUGUUAUUGAAAUUCAGAACCCCUGAUCUGGUGUGUGCUCUGCCCCAUGGAUAUCUCUUCUAUUCUCCUUCUAAUUGAUACUAUGCAUAAAAGAAAAUAAAUCUACUGUAUGCCUGGAAACCACAAUCCUACUCUUCACCCCCUUCUUCCAACUUCAGAUUGUUCAGAUCAUGGAGAAAAGGAUCAAAUCAGAACCCACUGACCUCACUGUAUUACCAUACAAAUGAAAGAACUUGCUAGCAACUGUCAUCUGGGCACUCCUGGUCUAAACUAAAAACCGCUGUUGACUGUGCUUGAAAGUAUACUUUCAAAGCAUUUUAAAUCUCUUUCAUUUCUUGAUGAAAUAAUUGCUUCGAAAUCACUGUUUUAAUUUUGAGAAUCCCAAAAUAGGGAUGCUUAAAAAACAAAACAAAAAACCAAUGGCCCACGUGCCAGAGAGCAGGUAGCUAAGGAGAUUAAACGUGUCAACGAUUCUUGCUUUAUUGCUCUCAACUAGAAAAACCUUUAAAGACAUAGAAGGGAAGCUUCCUUAAAGUCACAGCCUCUUUGAACCUAUCCCAGUGAGCCGCCGGAUUUCAGAUUCCUCAGGCGCAACUCCGAAUUGAGAAUUCUCUGCGGCUCAGAGUGAUGGCCCUCUUAGGUCGCAAGAAAUUUUGCCAACUACCACUCCUAGCCUUUGAGGGGAGAGGACUUGCCAGGGGCUCGAGAAGCGCCACCCGGGAAUCUCUCCAUCAGUGGGCGUUUAGCGCAGCCAAGCGACAGCCUGGCGCCAGGGCUCAGCAACAGGGAGGCGCCAGCUGAGGCGGGGGGAACUUUGCGCUCGGAGCAGAACCACCCUUUGCUGGCCAGUCGCGUCGCUCCUCUGAGGAAGCCAGCGGCGGCGACUGGGUGGAAAGAGGAUGAAAGAAAGGAAGAGAGGAAGUAGCGAAGGAAGAAGAAAAAUGAAGACAGCGCUGGGGGAGCCCGCGAGAAGGUGGCCGACGGUGGAACAAGGAUUUGGCUGCUUUUCCGCACCCCUGGCGUGAACGCUUUCUCCUGAGCGACCCCAAAGAAAGAAGUGGGUGAAAAAGAAAGAGACAAGAAUCCAAGUGAGCGCCUUGCCUCCUCGGUCAUUGUUGCCCCCUAGAAAUCCCAGCUGCUUCUCUGCCCAACCUCCCAGAGGAGCCGGACGCAGUGCCCGAGCAGCCAGCCCUGCGUAUGGGGCGGAAAGGGAACGGGCGCCCAAGCCGCGGGUGACCACCGCCGCCCGCCCGCCCUGCUCCGCAAGGGGACCGGGCGGGCAGGGGAUGCGAGGCGGAGGGACGUGGGACUGGGUUCCGAGACUGCCGAGGGCGCGCUAGGCUCCAACUUGGAUGGCCCUGAGUAAGCUCUAGCUCUUGGGACCGCUUCGCCGCGCGGAGUGAGCUGCACGCGGGACCUGGGGGCGGAGACCUUAGGCAGCUGCUGCAGGGGGGCGAGCCAGGCGCAGGAGGGGGCGCGCUUUCUCCCUGCGGGUCUCAGUAAUGAGGAGACUGAGUUUGUGGUGGUUGCUGAGCAGGGUCUGUCUGCUGCUGCCGCCGCCCUGCGCACUGGUGCUGGCCGGGGUGCCCGGCUCCUCCUCGCACCCACAACCCUGCCAGAUCCUCAAGCGCAUCGGACACGCGGUAAGGGUGGGCGCGGUGCACUUGCAGCCCUGGACCACGGCCCCCCGCGCAGCCAGACGCAUCCCCGACAGUAGCCGGACAGGCGCCCAGAGAGAUGAACCCCAGCCAGGGACUUGGCGGCCCCCAGCGCCCUCGCCGGGCGCACGCUGGUUGGGGAGCGCCCUGCAUAGUCGGGGGCCACCGGGCGCCCGAAAGCUCGGAGGGGGCGCCGGGGCCGAGACCCUGUGGCCUCGGGACGCCCUCCUCUUCGCUGUGGACAACCUCAACCGAGUGGAAGGGCUCCUGCCCUACAACCUGUCUUUGGAAGUAGUGAUGGCCAUCGAGGCGGGCCUGGGCGAUUUGCCGCUCUUGCCCUUCUCUUCCCCUAGCUCGCCGUGGAGCAGUGACCCUUUCUCCUUUCUGCAGAGCGUGUGCCACACCGUGGUGGUGCAAGGGGUAUCCGCGCUGCUCGCCUUCCCUCAGAGCCUGGGCGAGAUGAUGGAGCUCGACUUGGUCAGCUCCGUUCUACACAUUCCAGUUAUAAGCAUCGUGCGCCAGGAGUUUCCGCGGGAGAGUCAGAAUCCCCUUCACCUCCAACUGAGUUUAGAAAAUUCAUUAAGUUCUGAUGCUGAUGUCACUGUCUCAAUCCUGACCAUGAACAACUGGUACAAUUUUAGCUUGUUGCUGUGCCACGAAGACUGGAACAUCACCGACUUCCUCUUCCUUACCCAGAAUAAUUCCAAGUUCCACCUGGGCUCGAUCAUCAACAUCACCACCAAUUUCUCCUCUACUGAGGACCUCUUGAGCUUCCUGCAAGCCCAGCUUGAGAGCAUUAAGAACAGCACGCCCACCAUGGUGAUGUUUGGCUGUGACAUGGAAAGUAUCCGGCAGAUUUUCAAAAUUACCACCCAGUUUGGAGUUACGCCCUCUGAGCUUCAUUGGGUGCUAGGGGAUUCCCAGAAUGUCGAGGAACUGAGGACAGAAGGUCUGCCCUUAGGGCUCAUUGCUCAUGGAAAAACAACACAGUCUGUCUUUGAGUACUAUGUACAAGAUGCCAUGGAACUGGUUGCAAGAGCUGUAGCCACAGCCACCAUGAUCCAGCCAGAACUUGCUCUCAUUCCCAGCACGAUGAACUGCAUGGAUGUGGAGACUGAAAAUCUUACUUCGGGACAAUAUUUGUCAAGGUUUCUAGCCAACACCACUUUCAGAGGCCUCAGUGGCUCCAUCAGAGUAAAAGGUUCCACUAUCAUCAGCUCAGAGAAUAACUUUUUCAUCUGGAAUCUGCAACAUGACCCUAUGGGAAAGCCAAUGUGGACACGCUUGGGCAGCUGGCAAGGGGGGAAGAUUGUCAUGGACUAUGGAAUAUGGCCAGAGCAGGCCCAGAGGCACAGAACCCACUUUCAGCACCCAAGCAAGCUACACUUGCGAGUGGUUACACUGAUCGAGCAUCCAUUUGUCUUCACACGGGAGGUAGACGAUGAAGGCUUGUGCCCUGCUGGCCAGCUCUGUCUAGACCCCAUGACUAAUGAUUCUUCCAUGUUGGACAGCCUUUUUAACAGCCUCCAUAGUGGUAAUGAUACAGUGCCCAUCAAAUUCAAGAAGUGCUGCUAUGGAUAUUGUAUUGAUCUGCUAGAAAAGCUAUCAGAAGACAUGAACUUUGACUUUGAUCUCUAUAUUGUUGGGGAUGGCAAAUAUGGAGCCUGGAAAAAUGGGCACUGGACUGGACUGGUUGGUGAUCUCCUGAGUGGGUCAGCCCACAUGGCAGUCACUUCCUUCAGCAUCAAUACUGCACGAAGCCAGGUGAUAGAUUUCACCAGUCCUUUCUUCUCCACCAGCUUGGGCAUCUUAGUGAGGACCCGAGACACAGCAGCUCCCAUUGGAGCCUUCAUGUGGCCACUCCACUGGACAAUGUGGCUGGGGAUUUUUGUGGCGCUGCACAUCACUGCCAUCUUCCUCACUCUGUAUGAAUGGAAGAGUCCCUUUGGUAUGACUCCCAAGGGGCGGAAUAGAAAUAAAGUGUUUUCCUUCUCUUCAGCCUUGAAUGUCUGUUAUGCCCUCUUAUUUGGUAGAACAGCAGCCAUCAAACCCCCAAAAUGCUGGACUGGAAGGUUUCUGAUGAACCUUUGGGCCAUUUUCUGUAUGUUUUGCCUUUCUACGUACACAGCGAAUUUGGCUGCUGUCAUGGUAGGUGAGAAGAUCUACGAAGAGCUUUCUGGAAUACAUGAUCCUAAGCUACAUCAUCCCUCCCAAGGCUUCCGCUUUGGAACUGUCCGGGAAAGCAGUGCUGAAGAUUAUGUGAGGCAAAGCUUCCCAGAGAUGCAUGAGUAUAUGAGAAGGUACAAUGUACCAGCCACCCUUGACGGAGUGGAGUAUCUGAAGAAUGAUCCAGAGAAACUAGAUGCCUUCAUCAUGGACAAAGCCCUUCUGGAUUAUGAAGUGUCAGUAGAUGCUGACUGCAAACUUCUAACCGUGGGGAAGCCAUUUGCCAUAGAAGGAUAUGGCAUUGGUCUCCCUCCCAACUCUCCUUUGACCUCCAAUAUAUCUGAGCUAAUUAGUCAAUACAAGUCACAUGGGUUUAUGGAUGUGCUACAUGAUAAGUGGUACAAGGUGGUUCCCUGUGGCAAGAGAAGUUUCGCUGUCACUGAGACUCUGCAAAUGGGCAUCAAACACUUCUCUGGACUCUUUGUGCUGUUGUGCAUUGGAUUUGGUCUGUCCAUCUUGACCACCAUUGGUGAGCACAUAGUGUACUGGCUGCUGUUACCACGCAUCAAGAAUAAAUCUAGGCUGCAAUACUGGCUCCACACCAGUCAGAGAUUACAUAGAGCACUAAACACAUCAUUUGUAGAGGAAAAGCAGCAGCGUUUCAAGACUAAACGUGUGGAAAAGAGGUCCAACAUGGGACCCCGUCAGCUCGCUGUGUGGAAUACUUCCAAUCUGAGUCAUGACCAACGACGAAAAUACAUCUUCAGUGAUGAGGGAGGACAAAACCAGCCGGGCCUGCGGACCCACCAUGACAUCCCUCUCCCACAAAGAGGAGAGCUCCCUGCCUCCCUGACCACCAAUGGGAAAGCAGCCUCCCUAAACGGGGCUCGGAACUCAGUGAUGCAGGAGCUCUCAGAGCUGGAGAAGCAGAUUCAGGUGAUCCGGCAGGAGCUGCAGCUGGCCAUGAGCCGGAAAACGGAGCUGGAAGAAUAUCAAAGGACAAAUCGGACUUGUGAGCCCUAAGUGGCCAUGCUGCUCCCCUUUCUCAGUUCCUGACCUUCCUCUAAGCGCUUGAGACUUUGUAAGGCUCUUUUGUAACUACUCUCCAAGGUGUGGGGAAGCUAAGGUCUAGGUCUUCUUGGACUUCAAGUCUUCUUGGAGGUCAAGUCUGCUCCCUCUAGCCUGCAAAGCAGCAGCCAGUCUUCUCAAGCUCACUCCUAGGUGUCCAGGGUAGGAGUCUUUAUCAGAGCAAAAAUCUUAAAUUAGACAGGAGUAAAUGUUGUAUGAGGAAUCUGUGAAUAACCAGACAGCCCCCACUCCUGCGAACCUUUUUACCAGGUGCCACAGUAAUAUUUCUGUUUUUUGGCCCUUUCUCUGCACUAUCAACAACAGGAGAUAAAACUGAUACUCAUACCUG